UUUGUGUUUUUUUCAUCUCCAUUAUUGAAAAUAUAUGUGACGUGCAAUGGCAAAGACAAUCCCUUUACUCUUUCUGUCAGGAGAAGGUAAUUCACUACCAUUCUACUCUUUUUCCUUGUUGAAACUUCUUUUAUUAUGUUAAGAGGUUCAAUAGUUUUGUUCAUUCACAACGGAUUUUUGCCAAAGUUUGUAAAGCGAUUAAAGGACAUGAAUUUUCCAAGGGAGGAUUUUAUUUUCAGCUCUCACAGUGAAGAGGUAAUGUUAGAUUUUCUUCUAGUCUACAAAUUUUAUUUGGCUGAAUAAGUUUUCCUGAAUUAUAGAUUAUAUUUUUUCAAGAGAGCACUAUUUCAACUGAAUGCUGAUAUCAUUAAAAAUGAGUCCGAGUAUGUGCUUGCAGAUGAAGAUGCAAAGUAAAUAAGAAUUUGUUUGGUUGUAAACUGCAGUUUAAGCUCUACUCCACCAAAUUUUUGGGUUUGUUUGCAAACACAUCUAUGUAUUAUACAAUUCAUAUGGUUGAAAUUUUGUUUUUUAAUAGUUUGAAGGGUUUAUUAAGUUACCUUGAAGUUGUGCAUGAAGUUUGAAAUGACCAGUUUUCUGGAGAAACGAGGGUGGACUAACCAUGUUUAUUAAGUUUUAUGAUCUAUGUUUAGUUGGAACUUGGAUUUGGAACCUACAGGAAUGCGUUAGCAUAUUAAAAAUUGCUAAUCUUAUGAUCAAGAGCUAAUAAUUAUCUCUUAUUUUUAUCUUACCGAGUAUUUGACUAAAACUGUCAUCCUAUUCUUUAAGGAGUUAAAAAUUUCAUCCUCUAUUUCAGAUAUAUCUAUAUCUUUUUAUAGUUUUUAUAUAAUUAUAUCUAAAUAUAAUUUUUGAUGAAUUAAUCUUUACAUGAUGAUUUUCUGUAUUAUUCUAACUGCUAGAUGUUUCUGCAAUAUUUCUGUUAUUCUUUGUUCAUUUUCUUUGUCCAGACGGGGUACUGAUUCUGGUGUUGAGGCUUGGUUUUUGCUUCUAUCCUGGAUGGGAGUUGUGGCAUGUUUGAGGUUGCAGGCAGAAUCUAAAAGAUUCUGGCUUGAUGAUACAAGCUUGUUUCCAGCUACUCAGGGUUUUGGUGACAGAUGGGUUGACUUGGAAUGUUAUGGACUGUGUCCUGAUUUGGUUCAUUCUCACGUAUACUUACGCUGCAGCAGAGUUCAAAAGGUAAUGCAAGUUUGGAAUUUUAUACUGAAAAGGCAUGGCAAGGCUCAAGUUAAUAAUUUGAAGCCUGGAAAGCAUGUUCUCCCUUGAUAAACUUACCAGGUUUGGCAAUAGUAACAAAGCCUCGAAACCCAUGGCAUGGCAACUCCACAAUCAUAGGACUCUGCCUCAUAUAGGCAGCCAUAUUAUCUGAUACAUGAGAGAAUUUGUUUACUUAUUUUUUCAUCUUUGGGAAAUGAUGCACACAACAGAAUGAAAAAUAUUGCCUCAAUUUCAUUGGCAAGUUCAAGUUACUAAUCUUAAGGUGGCAUGAUUGAA